AUGUCGACCCAAAUCCCCCCCACGCCCAAAAGAGCUCGCCUCAACCCGACCAAAGAAGCGAAUGCUGCCGCUGCCGCUGCUCCCGUAGCGACGAUCGUGUGCCAGUUUCGCAAUGCGCUCGAUGGGAGUCUGCUCGGUCCGGCGGUCUCGCUGCCUGCUGAUACGAGUCGGGAAGGGCUGGAACUGUUGGCGAAUACGUUGAGGGGGAGUGUGAGUGACUCGCUUGUAAAGGUGGUUCUGGAUGCGGCGUGACAGCGCUAGGACCGACUGACGGCUCGCUCGCUCAAUAGGAACAAGAUCCGGUCCCCUUCGCUUUCCACUUGAACCUCCCCAACACGACCCAAGAGGAGAACGUCGAGGACUCCCGUAUCGCCAUUACCACCUCGUUGCAUGUCGAUUUGUUGACCAAGCAUGCGACCAAGGUCUCGACCGAGGACGUUUUCGUCAUCGAGUGCGAACCCGAGGCCGUCUUUCGCGUCAGGGAGAUCACGCGAUGCAGUUCUUCGCUGGAUGGUCAGUUUGGCGACUAGACCAAUCUUCUUAUGACUAUCUGCUGACCCCGAUGCGUCUCGGUGCUCUCCCUGCGACCCAGGUCACGCAUCGCCAAUCUUGUGCGCUUCUUUCUCACCGACGGGCAGGAUUUUAGCCACCGGAUCCGGCGACCACACAUGUCGAUUGUGGAACCUCGACACGGAGACGCCUCAAUCGACGCUCAAGGGACAUGCCGGAUGGCUGCUUUGUGUCGAAUGGGACGGCUUGGAGAGGACGGUCGCGACGGGAAGUAUGGAUAAUUCGGUACGUUUCAAAAGAGCAACUCGAGUUUCACUUGAGAGCUCGGCCUUACUCACGCCUUUGCGACCCUUCUUCUGGUUCAGGUACGGCUGUGGGAUCCGAAAACGGGUCUGGCUAUUGGUGAUGCGCUACGAGGGCAUUCCAAAUGGAUCACUUCGCUCGCGUGGGAACCGGUUCAUUUGCAAGUCCAUCGCGCAGCAUGGCAGAUUAUCUAUUGCGCAACAUGCUGACCUUCCUGCCUCCUCAUUCGCUUCAGGAAUGUCGCCAAACCUCGAUUAGCAUCUUCUUCCAAGGACUCGACGGUCCGAGUAUGGAACGUCAAAGCGCAGCGACUCGAUUUCAGUCUGGGUGGUCACACCGCGAGUGUCAACGUUGUGCGAUGGGGUGGCGAAGGCGUCAUCUACACCGCUAGUAGUGAUCGGACAGUCAAGCUUUGGAGUGGAAAGGAUGUUAGUGACCCCCGAGUGGUUCUUGUUAGUAGUCACGUACUGAUGCCGUGAACCUUUCUCGAUCAGGGCAAACUCAUCCGAACAUUAUCCGAACACGCCCACUGGGUAAACACCAUGGCGCUCAACACCGACUUUAUCCUGAGAUCCGGACCCUAUGACCAAAAGGCCAAAACACCGGCCAACGACGAAGAGGGUGAGCUCUCAACCACUCGAUCGAGCAUCUAGGCACAGUGCUCACUUUGAACAGCUCCUAAUUUCACUUUCCACCCUGCAGCUCAAGCCCUCGCGCUCGCCCGGUAUCAAAAGUUCACCUCGACCCAACCCGAACUCAUGAUCACCGGUUCCGAUGACCACACCUUAUUCCUCUGGUCCCCUCUCGCUUCCGAGAAUCCCAAGAAGCCCUUGGCUCGCUUGACGGGGCAUCAGAAACAAGUCAACCAUGUUGCUUUCUCGCCGGAUGGGAAAUUCAUUGCCAGUGCCGGGUUCGAUAAUGCGGUUAAACUUUGGGAUGGGAGGACGGGGAAGUGAGUGAAGAGGGGCUCGGCUAGCAUGGGAGAAGGAAGAACUACCCAGACUGACAGAAUGCUUUGCUUCGCCUUCUUGCUCAGAUUCAUCGCAAGUCUGAGAGGUCACGUCGCGGCUGUGUACCGUAUUUCGUGGUCUUCGGACUCGAGGAUGUUGGUCUCGGCUAGUAAAGAUUCGACGUUGAAAGUGAGCAUCAGGCUCCUACGAUAAUUGUCUUUAUCGUCUGCUAGCUCGAGGGGGCUGACCCUAUACUACGAAUCCUCUGCCUGGCAGCUCUGGGACCUGAAGACGUACAAGAUCCGCAUCGACUUACCGGGCCAUACCGACGAGGUGUACUGCGUCGAUUUUGUCGCGGACAAGAUCGCCAGCGGCGGGAGGGACAAGAAGGUCAAGAUGUAAGCCCUUCUUUAUGACUCGGCUCGGGGGACUCAUCGACAAUAGUACUGAUGCGAUAUGUUCCUUCGCUGGUACAGCUGGAGGCAUUAA